CGGAACCACCCCUCCCGGAGGAGCUGCGAGCUCCGCCUGCGCUCGGACCCCUCAGCAGCUGCAGGUGCCAGCCCGCCCCGCCCCGCGCUCGCGGCCGCUGGAACGCCCAGGCAGAUAUCUAGCUAAGGUUUCCGGUCCUCUUUUGAGUGAAGAUGAAUGUUUCUGCUGGGAUAAUGUAACUGGAGGAUCCGGGUCUGGGCAGACUUGACCAUGGGAGCCAACACUUCAAGCAAACCACCGGUGUUUGAUGAAAAUGAUGAUGUCAACUUUGACCACUUUGAAAUUUUAAGAGCCAUUGGAAAAGGCAGUUUUGGGAAGGUCUGCAUCGUACAGAAGAAUGACACCAAGAAGAUGUAUGCGAUGAAGUACAUGAACAAACAAAAGUGUGUGGAGCGCAAUGAAGUGAGGAAUGUCUUCAAGGAGCUCCAGAUCAUGCAGGGGCUGGAGCAUCCUUUCCUGGUUAAUUUGUGGUACUCCUUCCAAGAUGAGGAAGACAUGUUCAUGGUGGUGGACCUCCUGCUGGGCGGGGACCUGCGUUAUCACCUGCAGCAGAAUGUCCGCUUCCAGGAAGACACUGUGAAGCUCUUCAUCUGUGAGCUGGCCAUGGCCUUGGACUACCUGCGGAGCCAGCGCAUCAUUCACAGGGAUAUGAAGCCUGACAAUAUUUUGCUUGAUGAACAUGGGCACGUGCACAUCACAGACUUCAACAUUGCUACGAUGCUACCUGUGGAGAUGUGCAUCACCACCGUGGCCGGCACCAAGCCUUACAUGGCACCUGAGAUGUUCAACUCCAGAAGAGAAGCAGGUUAUUCCUUUGCUGUUGACUGGUGGUCACUGGGAGUGACAGCAUAUGAGCUGUUGAGAGGCCGGAGACCGUAUCAUAUUCGCUCCAGUACUUCCAGCAAGGAAAUUGCACACAUGUUUGAGACGGCGCUUGUGACUUACCCUUCUGCCUGGUCACAGGAAAUGGUGUCACUUCUUAAAAAGCUACUGGAACCGAAUCCAGACCAACGGUUUUCCCAUUUGUCCGAUAUUCAAAACUUCCCAUAUAUGAAUGACAUGAACUGGGACGCAGUUUUGCAGAAGAGGCUCAUUCCAGGAUUUAUUCCUAACAAAGGCAGGCUGAAUUGCGACCCCACCUUUGAGCUCGAAGAAAUGAUUUUGGAAUCCAAGCCUCUUCACAAGAAAAAGAAGCGCCUGGCCAAGGAGAAGAUGAGGAAAUGUGAUUCCUCUCAGAUGUGCCUUCUUCAAGAGCACCUUGAAUCUGUCCAAAAGGAGUUCAUAAUUUUCAACAGAGAGAAAGUCAAAAAGGACUUUAAUAAAAGACAAGCCAAUCAAGCCUUGGAACAAACCAAAGACCCACAAGAAGAGGAUGGCCAGAAUAACAACCUGUGAAGUUCUCAACAUCUUCUUCUUGGGACAUUUCCACAUCAGGAAGAGCUGACAGAAAUUCUCACCUCUCCACACCUCACACACCUUAGAAAACGUGACUGAAUACCUUUGGAGGGAGGCAGCAUGACCCAGGGAAGAGUCCCCAGGCUCCUGGGACCUAGAUUCACCACCGUGUGACCUUGAGCAAGUUACUUACCCCCUUUCUCUGCUUCAGUUUUUUCAUCUAAAACGAGAACGUAAUACUAGAUGAGCCCUAUGCUGCCUUUUUACUGCCACCAUUCUCCAUUCUCUUAUUCUAAACAGCCUCUAUUUUUAUUUUAAAAGGAAUAUUUGGACGCAGAUUUAUUUUUCCACUCCUAAUUACACUGUGACAAAUGGACAUAGGUGGGUGAUGGAGUGAAUCUCUUCAGAGUUAGAAAACUUCAUAAAUUGGUCAGAAUCCCCAGAUCUGACUGAAUAGGACUAAGGAAUUCAUUCAGGAAGAAAUGAGUGGGACCAGAUUAUAAGUAACACAGACUGAUGAGGGCCUUCCAGUGGUGUGCUGAAGUCAGAACACCGUACCAGCUUGCAUCAAUUGUAAGAGCCACUAUGCACAUCUGUCCCAGCACCCCGUACAGUGAUGUGAAGUUAAGAGUUGAAAUUGGUGAUGGUGGAAGUAUUUACAUCAUGGAAAUUGGCAGAUGCUACAAAUCAGGGCUUUCCACCCUUUCCGGCCCCCACCGCCCACCCGGCCCCGGGAAGCCAGUUGUGAAAUAUUAGCACGCCACUGGCCUUCUUCUAGAAACAUGUUCCUUGAGAGCUAAUUGUCCUCUUAAGACUACCAGAGACCUGUGUCCGGAGAGCAUCAGAAAAGAACAUUGUCACAUUGAAAGCACCUCCACCUUGCAGUACCUGAAGUUGUAUCUUAUAUGGGAGUUACAGUCUGUUAGAAUGUGAGGUGAAUUUGGAAGAUAGUAAAAUUUACCCUUGAAAAAUUCCUUUAAUAUACACAACAUAUGGUGAGUAUCUUUUCUUAGAGAAGCCCAAUAUCAUGAGACCCUUCACUAAUGAAACGAGUCAUCUUUUUUGUUCUUUUUUUUUUUUUGGUCUCACUUUUGGCUAAUAAAAGAUGCACUAAAGUGUUGAACAGAUUAUACAUGCCUUUAUAAACUAGAAUCACGCGCUUAGAACCGUGGGAUGCCCACACAUCUGAGAGGUCUAAGGACUGACUAAGGGAACAGCAAUACUUACUUGUGCUUACUGCAAGAAUGGCGGGCAGAAUCCCCUAUUUAAAAUAGUAUUGAUAUUUCACUUUUUCUUUAUAUUGUAUUUAUUUAUUUGCCAAACACAAAAUUCAAUUCACCUAAGUUAGGAUGUAACUCUACUCUCCUGAUACACAGAAGAUCUUUGCAGAAGAACUAUUUCUGGCAACUCACAGAUGCUGUUGGGUAGAGUCAAGAAUACACAGUGUUGGUGGGGGAUUGCUUUAACUGUUGGCCACUCAGAUCACCUAAACCUUGUCCUUACUUAGGGAGACUAUGGGCCUCAGCAGGGUGGCAGUAAGCUGGCAACAGGGGAGACCAGACAGGUGGAAAUGGGCAGAAGUAACAGAGACUGCCGCAAGCUACAUAGGACUUUUCCAGAAGGGAGGUCGCACUGGGGCAACUGGACAUGGGCAGAAAGCCAGUGCUGAACUUUAACUCAGCAUUGAUGGUUUUCUCCCCACUGAGCUAAUAGGCCCAAAAUUUCUGGCCUUGAAAAGCUGUGAAAUAGUGUCUCUCUUCUUUAAGAGUAACCAUAUUUUUGUUAAGAAUUAAAAGCCAGCUCUUGUGUUCUGUUUGUUUGAUUCCUUUUCUCUACAUUUCCCCCACAUUAUUUGUCUGUGCCAUUUUUUCUCCAAACACUAUAAACUCUGGCUCAAUUUCCCAAGGAGGGGGAAUGGGUUGACAAGAGCUAUAAGGAGGUGACCAGAUUCUGCUCCUGGUUGGUAACCAGGAGUGUCAGGGGCCACUUGCAUGUUUACCAAUUUCUUUCAUUUGUUUCAAUUCAAGCCUUGAUGUGCUGUGGACUCAUCUCUCCAGUUACCUGAUUCUUCCUCUCGCUCUGACCUUAUAUAUAUCAUCCCAAAGGAGAGACUUUGGGAAACACUUACCCAAGUGCAAUGGGAUUGGUAGGGUCUCCAUUGGGAUGGUAGUUAAUCAUUUGUGCCAUUUCACAUCUAUACAGUUUAUAAUGGGAUAGGAACCAAUACAACCUCUGUAGGUUGAAUCCCUAGUUUUUACUUCCAAUGACCUGAUUCCAUGCCUACAGCACCCUUACGGGCUGUCAAGAACCAUGGAUGCACUGACUAUAGAGAGGUAAGAUGGAUUUCCAGUCCUAAUCAGGUUACAGACCCACCAUGUAAUAUUUCAAGUUAGAAAAGAAAAAGCAUUGCAUCCAUCAGUACAGAAUGGCCGAUUUUAAGCACCACUGGACAUUUUGAGUGUUAGGACAAAAAUGUUUUCCAAAAAAUAAAAGAACUCUUAAAUCCUUACCAUGAUUGCUAGUUGUUGAAAUCAGAUCCUUUGGUUUUAUUCCAUAACUUGGGCUAAAAUUUACCACCCUAGGGUGGAACAUAUCUCAUCUAGGUUUGUGACAACGAAGGCUCAGGGCUAAGCAUUUUAGGAAACAGGGUGACUCUUAAUUCCUUUUGUCCGGCGUUUCUGGCAUCUUUUUCUCCUCACAGCUUCCUCCCUUACCUGUGUGGAAUAUCUGAAAAGUGAGCAGGUUUGGAAGACCAAGAGCAUCCUGGUUCUAACCCUCUGGCACUGUAGCAGGGUCACCCACCCCAGUGUAUCCACGGGGACCGCUAGUGGAUGGGUGGGGCGGCCCUGUGACCCUGGCCAUGACCCGGACUCCAUGGAAGGAAAGGCUUUGCUAAUGGCUCACCCCCCCAAAGGCAGCACUGGUUUUGGCUGAGGGCAUUGCUAGGGCAGGAAUGAAUGUCAAGCCACACAGAGCAUUGCUCCAUUAAUUAGGGUAACUUAAUUUAUUAGGGUUAGGCUGCUUCAGAUAGUAAAGUUUUAACCAGAAAAAAGUAGACUUCAUGUCAUAAUAGCUUUUCUAGACUGGAUGGAUGAAUAAAUAACUAGGGAGAAAGAGUGGGUCAUAUAGCUAGCAGGGGCCAGUGUUGCUGCUUUUGGCUGACACAGUAAUGCUAAGGCUUUAAUUCUUCAAGGGCUGAAUGAAAAGGCAUGAAAAGCAGUGAACUGUUUCAGUAUCCAGUUGGCCAUGCAUUCUGUUGACACAAAUUCCUGUUUCCUAGAAACUGUGCCUGUGAUUACCGUUUCUUACAAUCUCAGUGUGUCUGAUAUUUAACAUUGAUGUUAAAAAUCCAAACACAGUUCACAAACUGUGCUGUUGUGAACAGGUAGCCCUUGGAUGGGAAAUUUGUGCUUCUGUUGAGCUGUAGCAUAUGUACUGUCAGUGUGCCUGUGUGUAUUAAAAUG